AUGGACAAGUUUGCAUUGGUAUAUUCCGAAAUAUUGAAAGACUUUAAUAUGGAUGCCAGAGUUUAUCAACACAUCGCAACAAAGGCGACAGUUGUUAAAUUUAUCUCGUCUGAUCCAAACAUGACCUUUUCUAUAUCUUUCCGUACACCAGCAAUCAACGACAAAGGCAUCACUCAUAUCAUUGAACACUCUGUACUAUGUGGCAGUGACAAUUACACCACCAAAGAGCCUUUUGCUGAUCUGUUGCGAGUGAGUUACCAAAAUUUUUUGAAUGCAUUCACUGCCCCUGACUGGACGAUGUACCCCCUUUCUUCUAUGAACAAAGUUGACUACGAAAAUUUGAUGAAAAUUUAUUUGGACGCCGUGUUCCUCCCACGAGUGAGAAAGGACAAAUUCCCAUUCUUACAAGAAGGCUGGAGAUGGGAAGAAGUUGCUGAAGAACAAAAUGAGAGUGGACACUGUCACGCUCCACAUGAGUGUUGUGGGAAUUGUACAGAACCACAUAGUGCUGAAACACACACAACAUCCAAUGACAAACAUCACUUGACCACUAACGGUGUUGUCCUCAACGAGAUGAAAAACUCUGAGACGGAUCCAAACACCAUUUGUACGCGUGCCAUCUGUCGCGAGUUAUACACUGGGACAUACUAUAACGUCUCUGGUGGUGUUCCUUCAGCAAUAGAGACACUUUCAUACGCUGAGUUGCAAGAUUUUUAUUACAAGCAUUACACUCCUUCGAAUUCCGUGACAGUUUUAUAUUCCCCUGAAUGUGUUCUUGUUGAAGAAUUUGAGAUACUCGACCAUUACUUUACUCUAAUUGGUGUCACAGAAAAGAGAGCAUGUGGAGAAAGCACACCACAUAUCAUAGUGGGAGAACCAACUUCAAAAAGAGAGUGUCUCUAUUUGGAAUACCCAAUCGGAGAAGAAGACGACGUGGAAAACAAUGACACGUUUGUUUGCGCUUGGAAACUGGGGGAGGUCGACUAUGAGACGAGUUUUGCACUCGACUCGAUACAAAAGAUCGUCGAAGCAAAGGAAGGAAAUAAGUUUGUUGAGAAACUGACUGAGCUGGGUAUUGCAAAGUCGAUAGUUAUCAGCUACGACUCCGAUCUUAAAAAUCCAUACUUUGUGAUAUUUGCGAAGAACGCCAAUGGAAACAAAUUUGAUGAAUUCCAAAAGGUUCUCCUCGAGGAGUUUGAAGAGUUUGGAAGAAACGGAUUUGGGAGAGAAAAGGAGAUAUCUGCGAUAAACACGUUUGAGUUUGAGGAGAAGGAGUGUGAGUACGGCAGUUUCCCCAAAGGGGUGUUACUCGCGAUGAAAACGACC